UGGUUACCCAGUCAGUAUCCAAGCUUAUCGGAGCCCCGAUCUUCUCCAUAGUGAACGAUGACAAUGGCAGUUGUAACCAGAAGAAAAUUGGUUUCCUUUGUUCGUUCAACUUCAACAACCCCUUUUCUCAAUCACACUCAAUAUUCAAACUUUCUCUAUAUUCUCUCUUCUUCUCAUCCUCAUUUCUCUACUACUUCUUCUUCUUCUUGUUCCGAGGAUAAAUUUAAAAAAUGGAAAAAUGGUGGUGGAAUUUUCCAUGAAUCAGCUUGUAUUGACUCAACGGCUUUUCUAGAUGUUGGAGCUAUUGUUCAUUCGGAAUCUGUUGUUGGUUCAAAUGUUCGUAUUGCUUCCGGAACUGUGGUUGGACCUUCUGUUUCUAUUGCUCAUUCAACAAUUAUUGGGUUUAACGUAUCACUUAGUAAUUGCAGUAUAGGCGAUUCAUGUGUAAUUCACAAUGGAGUCUGCAUCGGUCAAGAUGGAUUUGGAUUUUAUGUGGAUGGUGAUGGUCACAUGAUAAAGAAGCCGCAGAAGCUGAAUGUAAUAAUAGGGAACGGUGUGGAAAUUGGUGCAAAUACAUGCAUUGACAGGGGCAGCUGGAGAGAUACGUUUAUUGGGGACAACUCGAAGAUAGAUAAUUUAGUUCAGAUUGGUCACAAUGUAGUUAUUGGGAAGAAUUGUAUGCUUUGUGGACAAGUAGGGAUUGCAGGCUCAGCAACCAUAGGAGAUUAUGUGACGAUGGGAGGAAGGGUAGCAAUACGAGAUCAUGUAUCGAUUACAUCAAAGGUUCGACUUGCUGCGUUAAGUUGUGUAACCAAGGACAUCACAGAACCUGGAGACUACGGUGGCUUUCCUGCUGUUUCUAUUCACAAAUGGCGGAGACAAGUUGCCAGCAGUUUUGCAGUUAGAGGAGUCUGAAUACUUGCCUCACAGAAUCAAUAUGUAGUGACUAGUUAACACAUUUUUUAAUGCUAAAUCUUAGUUUUGUUAAGCCUACCAUUACAUUGCAAGAUUAAAAUAUGUCUUAGAUUACGAAUUAUUUAUUUACGGUUUACACAUUAUAUGUACAACAUAAUUUCUUACUUGGAAGAAAUUUUCUUAACGAGCAUCAAUCCAAAACCUAGUCAUUUUGUCUCA